AUGGGGCGACCUCGUGUCUGCUGUAUACUGCGUAUUGCUGCUGGCCGGGGCCCUGCGCUGCUGCCUACUGCAGCAGCAGCAACAGCAGGGACACCAGCAACAGCAGCAGCAGCAGCAAAGACACACCGCUUCUGGGUCUCUCCAGUCGCUCAUUCCACAGCAGCAACGGCGAGAGCAGCAGCAGCAACAGCAGCAGCAGCAGCAGCAGCAGAACUUCCAUUUGCUGCGGUUCUCGCUGCUCGACGAUCCUAUAGCAGCAGCAGCAGAAGCAGCAGCAGCGGAGGUUCCCUGCCACAGGCAUCUUCUGCUGCUGUGAGUGCUGCAGUGGAGGCCCUGCAGCAGCAGCUGUCUGCUGCAGCAGCAGAGAAGCAGCAGCGCAUGCAGCGCCUUCGUAAGGAAUUCGGGUCUGUACAAAUAGGCGAAGUAACACCUCUAAAUGUUAUGGGAGGGAUGAGGGGCCUGACGGCGCUAUUAACAGAGACAUCUCGCGUUGAUCCUGAGCAGGGCUUGCGGCUGCACGGCGUGCCGAUGCGGCAGCUGCUGCUGCAGCAGCUACCCAAAAUGAAUUCUGCUCAUUUGUACCCUUCAGUCGAGGCUUUACUUUGGUAUCUGCUGACUUCAAAGGUGCCGACGGCUUCCGAGGUGUCUCUGAUGCAGCGUUGUCUCUACGAGAUGAUGAUAUCUGCUGCUUCUGAGGGGUCUGCUGCAGCAGGAGCAGGAGCAGGAGCAGCAGCAGCUGCGGAGGGCUUCACACAAGAGAGGUUUAUAAGGGUGCCUGCUGCGCUGCCAGCGCUGCUGCAGGUGCUUCCUGCAGACGGCCACCCUAUGGCUGCUUUUGCUGCUGCUGCAGCAGCACUUUCUGAUUAUUCUUUUUUUCGUGUUGCGACGGAGGAAGGUGUAAUUAGUAAAAAAGAUAUUUGGCGCCCCGCACUCGUCGAUGCUCUUGCUCUCGUUGCGCGUGCUGCUGUUGCUGCUGCACAUAUAUACCGCAACAAAUUUGGAGAGGGGGAGAUGCCCGCUCCCGACCCUGACCUGGACUUCGCUACAAACUUUUCUCGUCUAUUGGGUUUUAAAGGACAGCAGCAAGAAGAGCUGCUGCGUCUCUAUUUGCUGCUGCAUGCAGAUCAUGAGGGUGGUAAUGUCUCUGCUCAUGCUGCGCAUCUCGUCGGCUCUUCUCUUGCAGAUCCCUUUGCUGCUUUUGCUGCUGGCAUGGCUGGCCUCGGCGGGCCUUUGCAUGGGCUAGCGAAUCAGAAGUGUUUGGCGUGGCUGCGCUCGGCGCAGCAGCAGCUGCGGGGGUCUCCGCCUACAAAAGACAACAUUCGAGACAUUGCUCUCGCAACGCUGAAGGCAGGCGGUGUUAUCCCCGGCUUUGGCCAUGCAGUACUCAGAGUCACCGACCCCAGGUUUACGAUGCAGCGCGAGUUUGCUCUAAGGCAUAUACCAGAGGACCCUCUGUUUCAGCUGCUCGAAGUCGUCCGCGAAGUUGUCCCUCAGAUCCUUGCCGGAAAGGUCUCUAGCCCUUAUCCUAACGUCGACUGCCACUCAGGCGUGCUGCUGCAGGCAUUGGGGCUGCAGCAAGAAAAAUUUUAUACAGUGCUCUUUGGGGUCUCCAGGUCUCUAGGGAUUGCUUCGCAGUUUGUGUGGGCCCGGGCCCUGGGCCUCCCCAUUGAGCGCCCCAAGUCGGUGACCCUCAGCUGCCUUGAGGAGCUGUCGAGCAAGAGCAGCAAUUAA